AUGCACUCGUUCAGGUUGUCCAGUGGCAGCAGCACGGGACUCGGCCGGUUCGCUGCCGCGAGGUUGGUGGUCGCAGCUCGUGGAGGGAGGAGCGUGUCCGCCGCGCCGGGCAUGGAGCCCCCGCGCGACGACAUACACAACACCAAAGAGGACGUGAUGAGCCACCCGUUCGGGGUGGCCUACUCCACGAGGUCGGACGAGGACGAGGAAGGCUUCGGCGGGGUGUACGCGAGGGACGACGACCGGCCGGCGUUCAGCCGUCCAACUGCCGACGCGCGUCCGACCCAUCCUCCUCCUCCUGACCAUGGAACCUCGCAGGUGAAGGAGGAGAGAGCGCGCCAUCUCAAUGACGACAAGCACGCCACCUAG